AUGGAAACCCCGCAGCUAUCCAAGACGAUAGAGUAUCUCACAGAUGCGGCUCAUUUCCUACACGAGACCGCCCCAGCGACCGCUGCACACCUGAUGGCCCAGCGCCGUGAUCUGAUGUACGAACACAAACUCUCACCGCAUGAACACCAACGACAGCAUGUCUGCGGAUCUUGUGGUAAUAUCAUGAUUCCUGGAACAGGAAGCACAAUUCGGUUACAGAGGCCCAAACACGGUCGGAAAAAGCCACAGCCCUCAAAACCCACGGCCAAAUCCAUGACCAAAACCAUUACCUGCGGAAUGUGCGAUGGCAAGACUCGAAUUGGCCUGACAGACUCUGUAGCUCCAGUCCGCUGCAAGUCUAGAAAAGCACAUUCUACAAAACCCAAGUCUCUAGCUGAAGCAACCGGCAGCACUGGACCAGACCAGCUCAAACUCAGCUCAAAUGCAGGCAGCAAGAAGAGGGCGAAAAAUAGAAAAGCAGGGUUGCAGGCUUUGCUCUCUGGCCAACGGCAGCAGCAGUCCAACCCUCUCAGCCUGGCGGACUUUAUGAAGAAAUGA